AUCCAAAAUGCGGGUAACUGAUGCGAGUGUGACUAAACGGGUAGGAAAAGCAUCGCCAGAAGAGGCUCUUAGCCCGCUUCGUAUCAUAUCCGGUGACAAUUCGAGCCCGGAGUCUCUCCGCUACAGAUUUUGUGAUGCCGCCUCCGGCAUCCGCAAUCCCACAGUUCCGCUGCGUGUCAUCCUCCCUCCUCCGCUCAAGAAAACUAAUCUCCAGCGACCCUCACCAUAUCCACUGCCCCAAACCAAUUUCAAGCUUAAAUCUUCUCUCCUCCUCCUCUUCUCCUCCGCGACGGUGGCGAUGCGGCGCCAACUCCGAAGGGACGGGGUCGCGCCCGGAGGAGGAGGCGCUUUCGGGCAUGGUGGACGAGCUGCUGAGGAGGGAGGAGAACAAGGCCCUACUCGACGGGCUCGAGGAGGCCUCCGCCAGGGUGGAGCGGGCGAGGGAGGCUCUCGCGGACAUCGAGCGCCGGGCAGCCGACGUCUUGAGGGCUAAGGAGUACAUGCGCCAGCUCCAAAAUCGCGAGGCGGAGAUUGCACAAUCUCAAAGGGAAUUGUUAGAAGCAAGGGCAAAGGUGGAAGAAGCUCAGCGAUCCCUGUCAGCGAAUACGGAUGACAGCAAUAAUUCUGAUAUUGUCUUCGAAGACAUUAACAAAGAGAAAGAGAGAUUAGAAUCUGCAAAGGCUGCUGUAGUUUCAUCUGUGGUUGGCACACUUGCUAGUGUCCCUAUAUAUCUGUAUCAAGCUACUAGCGUCCCUCAAGUUAUUCUUGACUUGGCAGUCAUUUCUAUUAGCUGUGCUUUAUUUGGAGUUACCUUUCGGUACACGGUAAGACAAGACCUGGAUAAUCUUCAACUCAAAACAGGGACAUGUGCGGCCUUUGGUUUAAUCAAGGGGCUUUCGGCAGCUGAGACUGGGAGGAUUCUGAAACUGGAUGCUGAAACUUUCAUCUCAUUUUCAAUUGAUGGAGCAGUGUAUGUGUCAGAGAAUAUCUUUAUCUUUCUUGCUGCUGCUGUUGCUCUUGACUUCUGCUUUAAGAUGAGGUUAUUAAGUCCUUUUCCAACAAGGAGAUAGACCAAGCAAAUUGCGAUUGCAGAUUGAAGCUAGUCUUUGCUGUUUUACAUAAUUGAUACAGUGAAUGCGAAGUCUGUAUCAUCUUUUAUAUUCUCGUUCAUUGAAUGAAGCCAUUGUUAUGACAACAACAAAUGUCUCUUGUGCCACUGCAGGCAGGUCUCUAACACUGUGUAAUCAAAGAAUCUGAUGUGCAUAUCAAGAACUUCUGUGAACUUGUUUGA